AUGCCUUGUCCUAUCUACUCCAAGAAAGGAGACGAAUUUUGGAGGAUGUUUCCUUAUCUCAGUACUGGGGUGGACGACCUUGUAUACAAAGGCCACUUGCUCUACAUCUAUACUCUGGUUUGCUUCAUUGAGAUCUACGAUUUCUCUGGAGACUCUCCUCUCCCUGUCACUUCUCGUCCAUAUGCCUGCGUUCCUCCUCGUUGCUUGUCUUCCCAUUCCUAUAUAUCUGCCACAAGGAUUGCUGUUACUACAUCCGGAGAGGUUCUUAUGGUCAGAUGCUGCGACAUCAACAGCUUCUACGUCUACAAGAUGAACCAUGCCACCGAAAAUUGGGAUCAUAUGGCUUCUUUGGGCGACCAGGCUUUGAUCUUCGACCUUGGAAUCACUGUCCCCGCCAAAGAUAUUCAAGGGAUCAAACCUGACUCUAUCUAUUUUAGUGGUCGUAGUUUUGGCACCGAUCACAUUUUUAUUUUCAAUCUCGCUACGCGCAAGGUGGAGCCAUUUAUGUCUUACACUAGCAAGUUCUUUGAUGCUCGAUGGUUCAUCCCAAAUAUAAAUGUGCCCUUGUUUAAUUGCAUGACCAUGAUUGGUCUUAGACACAAACUCUUUGAUUGCGCCGUUUGUCGUAGAUGCAACCAUGCGUUCCACGUUAAGCGCAUCGAUACGUGGCUCCUCACAAACUCAACAUGUCCUCUCUGCAGGGACAACCUCCUCCUUGCCCUCACGCCUUCGUCUUCCCAUAUUGUUCUUGCUCAUGAAUGA